AGAAUUGUAUCUUUGUUCAUACAGUUUCGACACGCCAAUCAACGAAUUUUAUUGUUUUACUUAUUAUAAAACGGGUUUCGUAUCAAAAUCGUGGUACUUCCUCUUUGCAAGAAGUGUGUUAGAUCUUUAAACUUUGUAUUCUUCUUUUAACAAAAACGUAAUUAACACGAGUCCUAUAAAAACCGCGUCUAAAGUUCAAAGCAAUGCUGUUUUUGUAAACAAUAUGGCAUUAUACUUGCUCCAGAUUCAAGAUGAAGCGGAUUACUAUUUUGUCAGUUUUCAUUGCGCUAAUUAGUUUAUUAUUGAUACCUAGAAGCAAAAACAAUGUGUGCAAGUCGUUUUCCGACUACUACGGCGAUCGCGAUAAAAAUGAGAAUUGCUACUACAAUCCGGAUACCUAUAUGAACGUUUCGCAAAUAAUAAAGCAACGUGGAUACCCAGUGGAGGAACACGACGUAACCACAAAAGAUGGGUAUAUUUUGACAUUAUUCAGAAUACCACUUGGGAAAAAUUCUUCGACAUUGUUAUCUGGUCGUCCGAUUCUAAUUUUGCAUGGUGUUUUAACUAACAGCGCCUCCUUCGUAAACAGGGGAAAUAAAUCAUUAGCUUUCCUACUGGCCGAUGCGGGAUACGACGUCUGGCUAGGAAACUUUCGAGGUACUGUCUAUGGGAAAAAACAUACGCAGUUAAAAAACACCGAUCGAUUAUUUUGGGAAUUUAAUACCUACGAAUUGGGUGUAUACGAUAUCGCCGCAAAAAUUGAUCAUAUCUACAGUAUUACAAAGCAAAAGAUAACAUACCUGGGUUUUUCGUUUGGAUCAACGGCGGGAUACAUGUAUAGCGUAACGAAUCCGAGCUUAGCGGAAGAGAAAAUUAGAAUCAUCAUCAGUUUAGCUCCAACAGUAUUUUUAUCAAACUGGAAGUCGAUAACGAAAUACUUUAUUCAAUUUUGGCCGUACACUGAGCCCUUUUUCACAUUUUUUACUAAUGGAGAAGUGGCACUAAGAGGCACUUACCAAAGCAAGCUAAGAGAAAUGUUGUGUCUACCAUACCCUUUCCAGAUGUACCUCUGCCAACUUAUGGAUAUGAUCGCUAUGGGUUUUGAUUACGAGCAAAACGACCCUGAAACGUUACCCGUCACUCUCUUACAAAAUUCGGAUGCGACAUCUUACAAGACAAUUAGUCACGGUUUGCAAUUGGUCUCGAAAGGUAAUUUCGAUUACUUGGAUUACGGCUCGGAGGAACUCAAUAUGGCAGCAUAUGGAUCACCGGAGGUACCAAAGCACAAUUUAUCCCGACUAAGCGUUCCAACUUAUUUAGUGACAGCUAUAAACGACAUGAUGAUAACGGUGGAGGAUGUAAAACUGUUGCAUGAACAUUUACCCAAAAAGGUCAAUCCAUACGACCUGUACAUUGUUAAACACGAAGCAUUUAAUCAUGAUGAUUUCAUUGCAGCUCGAGACGUCGUUCCGCUCGUUUACAAUCCUUUAGUUAAUUUUAUUAAUAACCUUUCUUAAAUAUUUAGAACAGUUUAAGUUGAUUUUUGUAACUUCAAUUAGUGAAUGGUAGAAGAGUAUAAAGACGCUUUAGGGAACCGUGACCUAUAGCGAAGUUAUCACGAACUUCAAAAUAAAUACUUGUCCUUCAUUUGUUGUUCAUUGCUAGCACAUGUAAGCAGACUUCGAGUGUUGUUUGCACACGCCAGCAAGUAAUUCAAUUCAAUUUAAAAAAAGGCGAGUUAAAGUGUGGCGCACCGACGCGAACUCCGAAUUAUGUAAUAAAUUAUGCUCUUUGCUGGAAAA